UGGACGAUGGUGUGGCUGGUGCACCUGUGGAUAGUGUGUGUAUGGACAGCAGUAAUGGCUGAAGCACUUCCAGCAUUGGAGACCCAGUACAGCGGGGUGGGUGAAUCAAGGAGUUUGGAGUGCAAAGGCACAAACAAGAGCUGCCAGGGGGUGUACUGGUACCGGUACCGCCGAGCUAAGGAGGUCUUCCAGUUCCUCUUCUUCUACAACAACGCAGACAAACAUUAUUAUGGCUCUGAGGUGAACGAGACCAAGUUCAAAGGCAGCAAACGAGACAGCUAUGUACUGAGGGUCAUUGAUGUGAAGAUGGAUGAUGCAGGUGUCUACUUCUGUAUUCUCCGAUUCAUUGGCGAGAACAAGCUUGGAUCCCGUGGGAUAGACUUAAAGGCUGGAGAGAAGUCUCCAACCCAGCCCCCCCCGACAACGACGCGAAAGGCUCACAAGCAGCCCAAGUCCUGCCGCUGUCCUGGCAAAACCCCCUCCAAGCAGGAGUUCAGAUGCAAACCCCUGUUCCUGUGGAUACUGGGUGGAGUUCUCGGGAGUUUAGUGACGGCGUUAAUCUCCAUCCUUUUCUACUUCAGCCGACUGCCAAAGAAGUGCCAUCACCGGUUAGCCAAGAACAGCAGUUAAGAUGAGGAAGAUGUGACAUGGCCGAUGCAGGAACAGGAUUCAGUUCUUUGCUGGGAUGACAAGAAUG